UGUUGUGCAGGAGCAAUCGGUAUAUUUUUAAUAGCAGUGUCAAAAAAAGUCGAACAAAUUUCGAUUAAUAAGCCAGAAAAUUAAAUCUAUUCGAAAUGUCGGCUCUUAAAUUAUUUAAUUUAUCCAAAACAGGAACAAAUUUCUUACGUCCUAGUUUGACCGUUUGUUCAAUGGUAAGGAAUAAAGGCUCAGAGCAAUCUUGCCCUGUUGAAUACCAUAAAGAGAAGGGCUAUGUGUAUGUAAAUGAUAAGGAACCAGCAAUGGAUUUAAAUUCAAUAACAGAUCGUGCUGCUCAAACAUUGUUUUGGACAGAAUUAGUUCGUGGUUUUGGUGUAACAUUAGCUCAUAUUUUUAAAGAACCUGCAACAAUAAAUUAUCCUUUUGAAAAAGGACCAUUGAGUCCACGAUUUCGAGGUGAACAUGCUUUACGCCGAUAUCCAUCCGGUGAAGAGCGAUGCAUUGCAUGCAAAUUGUGUGAAGCAAUUUGUCCUGCUCAGGCAAUCACAAUUGAAGCUCAAGAACGUGCUGAUGGAUCCCGACGAACAACACGAUACGAUAUCGACAUGACUAAAUGCAUUUAUUGUGGUUUUUGUCAAGAAGCGUGUCCGGUAGAUGCAAUUGUUGAAGGUCCAAACUUUGAAUAUUCAACUGAAACGCAUGAAGAGCUUUUAUACAAUAAAGAGAAAUUAUUAGAUAAUGGUGAUAAGUGGGAAAGUGAAAUUGCUGCAAAUAUUCAUGCGGAUCAUUUGUAUCGUUAAAUUUGUUAAAUGUUUGUAGUCUCAAUAAAACAAUUAUACAA